UCUAUCCUAAACAUCUUCGAAAAAUUUCGAACACGAAAAGUAGGUAUUUUGAACAUGAAAUACUUGCGGAAACUCUUCACAUUCCGUUAGAAAUUUUUCAUCUGUAUUUUGAAAGGGAAUUUGCAGCAAAAAUGACAAAAUCAACAAAUAAAACGCAAAUGGGAAUGCUGGUGAAUAUGAUGGAAGGUAAUCCUGCUAUUGCACGGGGAUUUUUUAAGGGAAGUAAGGAGGAGGCCGCCAGAUUUUGGGAAAAGGUGAAUGUGGAGCUGAAUGCGGCAGGUCCCCCAAUUAAAACAAUUGUGGAAUGGAAAAAGGUAUGGGCAGACCAGAAGAAAUAUGUUCGCCAAAAAGUGGCGAAUAAUAUAAAAAUGCAAAAGGGUACUGGGGGCGGCCCAAAUAUGGAGAAGGUACUUUCCCCCCUUGAAGAAGCAAUUUUCAAGCUGAUUGGCAUUAAGCAGUCAGUAGAGGGGCUGGCGGUUAAGAAGUUUGGAAUUCAGGAGAACUUGGAUAUGUCCUGUGAAGAAAACUGCCCAGAAGUAGAGUCACUAAAUCUGACCCAAACUGGCGCAUUGGAUGGAUGUAUGGACAUCAGCGGAGUACGUCCUAUAAGUCCACCAGUUGUCUCUGUAGAUUCGUUGGUGUUUACAAAUGAAGACCCCUCUGCAGAUAAAAGCGAAGUGGCAUCAUCUAGUCAAAAACCAUAUUCUAGCCAAAAGGCUUCGAAAAAAGAAAGUUCCUUAUAUGCACUAGAAGAGGAAAUAAAAAUACAAAGGGAGAUCAGCGCUAAUAUAAAGACUGCAGUUACAAAUCAGGACGAGCAACGUGAAAACUUAAAAAAAAUAUACCAGAGGCUAGAUAAAUUAUAUGAGCUAAAGAAGAUGCAUUUGAAGGCAAUCGAGACUAUUAAAAAGGAGAAACUGUGGGAAAUCAAAAUUGCUAACUCUAUCAAAAGAGAAAAGCUGGAAGAAAAUAAAAGGCAUAGCUAUGUAAUGGAACAAAUGAGAAGGAAAGAGAUUGAACACAAAUUAGAAAAAAAUAAAAGACUGCUUGGAAUACAAGAACUGAAAACUUGCAAACGCCAAAACAAUUAAUUAAUUUAAUAAUGAGACUUAUAAGCUAAGAUUUUAUGUUACUGA